AUAAAAAAAACAGCUUGGUCCUAUUAGUCAGAAGCCAUUGUACUACCAGGGAUCGUACUGAAGUCUAUCGAAGCAAAGCCUGUAAUAACGUGUUAAUCAGGCUGUUUAAGUCAAUCUGAAGAGCAUUAUUACAGAUUUAACACCAAAAUAAAGCCUAUUAUCGAGGAACUAAAGAAAAACAGGACGUUCACACCGGGCAAACGACGACUGUGUUUUUGCACCCGGACCGUUACGCUCGGCGGAGGGAUUCGGAAGGGCAACAGCCGCCGCGUAGUUGCUGAUUUCCUCUAGAUAUCUUCUCUUUACAGUCAGUGCUUAGCUUUCUCUUAGGUCUGUGCUCUUAUUUAGAUGGCAAGCUUCCCAGACACUAUAAACGAAAAUGAUAUAGGUAAGGCAAAGUUCAUCGGUGAACUCCUGGUGCCUGUUGCUCCCUUCGACCAGAAGUCUGGGCGCGAGGCCUGGACGGUAGCGUUUGCACCCAAUGGUUCCUACUUCGCAUGGUCUCAGGGGCAUCGCAUUGUCAGGCUCAUUCCCUGGACAAAAUGUCUGAAGAACUUUUCAAUCGGCCAUGGUGGAGAGGCCACCAAUGCCUUGAGCCCUCGCCGUUUGUCCCGUCAGAACAGCAGCGAAGGCCAGGUGAUGCCGCAAGCCGACGAGCCCCGCGAACACACCAUCGACUGCGGUGACAUCGUCUGGGGCCUGGCCUUCGGCUCCUCGGUGCCAGAGAAGCAGAGCCGCUGUGUUAACAUCGAGUGGCACCGCUUCCAGUUCGGUCAGGACCAGCUGCUGCUGGCAACGGGCCUCAACAAUGGUCGCAUCAAGAUCUGGGAUGUUUACACUGGAAAACUGUUGCUGAAUCUCAUGGACCACACUGACAUAGUGCGAGACUUGACCUUUGCUCCUGAUGGCAGUCUGAUGCUGGUCUCUGCAUCCAGAGAUAAGACCCUCCGUGUGUGGGACCUCAAAGAUGAUGGUAACAUGGUGAAGGUCCUGCGGGGGCAUCAGAACUGGGUUUACUGCAGCGCCUUCUCCCCCGACUCCUCCACCCUGUGCUCAGUCGGUGCUGGCAAAGCAGUGUUCCUAUGGAACAUGGAUAAGUUAACCUUGAUCCGGAAGCUGGAGGGGCACCACAAUGAUGUGGUGUCUUGUGAGUUCUCACCAGAUGGGGCGCUGUUGGCCACAGCCUCUUAUGACACCCGGGUCAUCGUGUGGGACCACCACAAGGCCACCGUCCUGCUGGAGCUGGGCCACCUCUUCCCUCCUCCAUCACCCAUCUUUGCUGGAGGGGCAAAUGACCGCUGGGUUCGCUCUGUGAGCUUCUGCCCUGAUGGCCGCCACAUUGCCAGCAUUACGGAUGACAGACUGGUCCGUUUCUGGAGCAUCGAGGAAAGGGCUCCUCAGGCCGUCGCCUCCCUCUCUAAUGGCCUCUGCUGUGCCUUCUCCGCUGAAGGAAGUGUCCUUGCUGCUGGGACUCGUGAUGGUGGUGUGCACUUCUGGGAGUGUCCUCGCAGCGUUGCCAGUCUGCAGCACAUUUGUAGGAUGACGCUGCGCCGGGUGAUGACCAGCCAGCAGGUGGAGGUCCUGGCUAUUCCUACGCCGCUCCGUGACUACCUGACCUACAAAGUCAUCUAAUCCCCCAAACACACACACCACCACAGCACCUGCUGACCCAACUGCACUUGCGGCAGCAGCAUCAUGCUGGAAAACCAAUGAAUUAUUUUUAGGGGAAAAAAAUGAUUCAUAGAUCUCUGCUGAACAAACAAAAGCAAUCAGACACGGAGGAACGGUUCUACUGAAACCCCAGAACCUCGUCUCAAACGCCCAUCACAUCCACUCGCAGCAGGAUAUUGUGUUUCGUAAAUAUUUAUUUUUGUAAGUACUUUUAAGUAAAUGUGUGUUGGGGCCAGCGCACUAUCCAUCCAGCUCUCCACCAGGUUCAGUAAAGCCUUCAUCUUCUCUUCCUACUUGUCAGAAGCUCUGCAGCGGUGCUUGCUCUUAAUGUCAGGUUUGUUGUGUGUGGGUGAGCUAAAGGGAAGAGAUGCAUGGGAUGUUGACAGAAUGUAGGGUUUGGAAGGCCAAUACUCAGAUCUGUGAGCUACUGAUUGAGGACCAAUGCUAUCAAGCUAGCUAGCUACUUCACAAGCCAGUGAGACCGACUGAUAACUCCAGCAGGCAGAUAUUUGGUCAUUGCAGAUGAAUUGGUAUCCGCUAUGUCAGCUGGUAAAUGACAGUAAUGGAAGUACAGUGAUGCCAAAGAUAUUUUUUGAAACGGUGUCAGCAUUUUAUAGUUUGUCCACCAGAGAGUAGUGAAGUUUAUUUUUCAAUUGCAAAAUGUCCUGCUACUACAGCUCUUGGUUGCAGUUGUUAUAAAACAAAUUUAAGGGAACUGAUGCAUCAUUAUUGGAUUUGGAGUUCUCGAAUAUCAAUAUCUGUAUUGGCCUCAAACAUUCGGUGUCAUCACCAGCUAUGUGAUUGGUUUACCAGAGAAGCACCAUAGAGCACUCAUCUGGAUUAUUGUAUGGCGUUGUCCUUUAGAAAUCGACAGUUUGUGAACGUGCCACUAACGACCAAUAGGUUUGUAGUUGGUUGACGCUUCAGAUUUGCAUGUAAAGGUUCAGCACGGCUUCACAUCAGUGCGGUCUACUCAUCACAGCAUUCCUCUCAAUGAAUUGAGUUUGGUGCAGUUUUGUCUUUGCUGUAAAGCUACCCUGUGGAGUUCUUGAACACUAGCAGCACUAUGGAGCAAUGUUUUCUGAGUAGAUCACCAUUGUGUUCCUUUUGCAUGUAUGAGCACCCGGCAAGGCCACAGAUUCCUGCCAAUGGUUCAACAUAGCUCCUCUGAUUGGUUGGUUGAGGUCGUGCAUCAUGGCAUAGUAGUGGAUGUAAACGUCUAAAAACGCCUUUGCAAAGGAUUGAUGAGAAAGAAAUGGAUUCCAGAUGGAUACACGCAAAGGUUGUGGUGAGAAACACUAAAAAGUACUAACUUUGUUACGAGAAAACUCCACAGGGCACCUUUUUAAAACCCUACUAAAAUGGCCUCCAACAUGUGUUGACAAACUAUACUAACUGUGACUGUUUCAGUAAAUAGCAAACCAACAGUGGUCCAACCCUGACAUGAUGCAGGUUUAGUCCACCCACAGCCCCCUAAAAUGUCUGAGUGGUGAUAUAAGUGUGCUGGAGUUUACUUGUCUCUCUUGUCUUAGUGCGUGCCUACCACACCAGUACAGAGCCUCGGGUCCAUGCCAUGUGUAUGUGUAUAUGUAAAAUGAUAUCAUGUCUAUAAACAAAUUGUAAGUUUUUUUUUUUUUUGUUUGUUUUCCACUUUGUCAUCUGUAUCCAGUUUUUCUGUUGAACAUUUGUAUUUUUGUAUCAGUCUUUUUGUUCUUGUAAAUGUCUACAAAUAACUAAAGUUGUUACACUUCUUAACGGGUCCGAUUUUAAACUGUGCCCUGUCGCCACUAUUUGUAGUAGAAAUUACAAAAAGCAAUUCCAGCAACCCUGAAAGUAGUCGGAAGCUACUAACCAAUCAGCUGCCAGCCUUGGCCAUGUGGUGGUAAAGACCUUCAUGUCCUCUCUGAUGGAAGUCUAUGCAGCUGAUAAUCCACAGUGACCCUCACACUGAGCAUUCUGUUUCUUGAAUGAUGUAAGGUCUGAAGAAGGGAAAGCGUUCAGUAUUUUCCUGCUUGUGCGGGUGCAGAACAUCAGUCUUGACUGUCAGUGCUAAUGCCAAAUGUGUUCCUUUUCAGAUAGUGUAUGAAUGCUUAUUAUUUAGUGCUGAGAUAUGGAAGGUGUCUCAUGAAUGGGCUGCAGUGCGUACUUCUCUUGUAUUACAUGAAGUUGGUAUACCUGUUACCAUUGUGAUUGGAGAAACACAGUUCUGCCUCUGAGAUGCAGUAUGAAGCGGCAGAUAUAUGAAUGUAUAAAGUUUAUUUUCUUGUAUAUUUUUGUUUGCGUGUUAAUAGUUUCAGUAAAAGCUUUUUGACAAAAUG